CUAGUCUUCACUAGGCUCACAUAAAGAGUGCACUCAUUAAGGUGUCCGCUGAGACCUAAUCCGGACCUCCACCAUGUGUGACGACGAUGAAUCAGCGACCCUUAUCUGCGACAAUGGUUCUGGCAUGGUUAAAGCUGGCUUUGCCGGUGAUGACGCUCCUCGAGCUGUCUUCCCCUCCAUCGUUGGCCGCGCCCGUCACCAGGGUGUGAUGGUCGGUAUGGGUCAGAAGGACGCCUACGUUGGUGAUGAAGCUCAGAGCAAGAGAGGUAUCCUCACCCUUAAGUACCCCAUCGAGCAUGGCAUCAUUACCAACUGGGACGACAUGGAAAAGAUUUGGUACCACACCUUCUACAAUGAGCUCCGUGUUGCACCCGAGGAGUGCCCUACCAUGCUCACCGAGGCUCCACUUAAUCCAAAGGCUAAUCGUGAGAAGAUGAUCCAGAUCAUGUUCGAAUCCUUCAACAUGCCAGCAACUUACAUUUGUAUCCAGGCCGUCCUUUCUUUGUACGCAUCCGGUCGCACUACUGGCCAGGUCUGCGACUCAGGGGACGGCGUUUCUCACAUUGUACCUGUAUACGAGGGAUUUGCUCUUCCCCAUGCCAUCCUCCGUCUGGACUUGGCUGGACGUGACAUCACCAACUAUCUUGGCAAGAUCAUGACAGAGCGCGGUUAUUCCUUCACCACAACUGCAGAACGAGAGAUCGUCCGUGACGUGAAGGAAAAGCUCUGUUAUAUCGCUCUGGACUUUGAAGCGGAGAUGAACACCGCUGCAGCCUCUUCCACGGUGGACAAGUCCUAUGAGCUCCCUGAUGGCCAGGUCAUCACUAUUGGUAACGAGCGCUUCCGUGCACCUGAAACCCUCUUCCAGCCCUCUUUCCUGGGCAUGGAGUCUGCUGGUAUCCACGAGGUCGUCCAUCAGUCAAUCAUGCGGUGUGACAUCGACAUCAGAAAGGACCUGUUGGCCAAUAUCGUCUUAUCUGGUGGUAGCACAAUGUAUGCUGGAAUUGCUGACAGGAUGCAGAAAGAAAUUACCUCCUUAGCUCCUUCUACCAUCAAAGUUAAGAUAAUUGCGCCUCCCGAGCGCAAGUACUCUGUCUGGAUUGGCGGUUCUAUCCUGGGUUCUUUGUCAACCUUCCAGGCAAUGUGGAUUGCCAAGGAAGAGUAUGAGGAGUCGGGACCUGGCAUUGUCCAUCGGAAAUGCUUUUGAUUUGGGGGAAAGUGUAACUUAGAUUUUUCACAGAGGUCUUUCUGUAAAAUCAGGUAAAUGGUCAAUGCAGGUAUAACAAUGUAUUCCAAUAUCAUAUAUGAUUAAUGUUCUUGUUACUUGUUAGUGAAGAAUAAAA